CCCCGGGGAGCGGAGGGGCAGGCUAGGGCAGCUCCCCAGCUCCCCGCGUGAUCAAACUUGAGAAAUAACCAGGAGGGGCGGCCCGGCGUCUCCUGGGUCCAAUCCUGUCUCUGGAGCGAACGCGCUCCCGGGCAGGCGAGCCUGACGGAGGCCUAGGAGACUUAAAGAGGAGUGGCAGCGAGGCACGCCCGCACCGCGCGCCGCCGGACCUCCGUGCGCUCUUACCUCCGGCCUCCUGCCCGGCGCCUGGGUUCCCCCUUCCCGCCCUGCGCCGCGAUGGCCACCGCGCAGCCUCGGAUCCCCCCGCGCGGAGCCCUCGGCAGGCUGCUGCUGAGCCUCGCGGUCUUCAGCUUUGCUUGUGAAGGCUGCAAAAAGGUGACACUUAAUAUACCUUCCAAACUAGAGGCAGACAAAAUAGUGGGAAGAGUUAAUCUGAAAGAGUGCCUCAGGUCUGCCGACCUUAUCCAGUCCAGUGACCCUGAUUUCAGAGUUCUAGAUGAUGGGUCAGUAUACACAGCCAGCACUGUGGUGAUGUCUGAUGAGAAAAGAUCAUUCACCAUAUGGCUUUCUGACACCAAGACACAGACACAGAAAGAGAUUAAGGUGCUCCUGGAACAUCAGAAGAAGGUACUGAGGAAAAGAGAUGCUAAAGAAACCGUUCUCAGGCGUUCCAAGAGGAGAUGGGCCCCUAUUCCCUGCUCCAUGCAAGAGAAUUCACUGGGCCCGUUCCCUUUGUUUCUUCAACAAGUUCAAUCCGACGCAGCACAGAACUAUACCAUCUUCUACUCAAUAAGUGGGCGUGGAGUUGACCAGGAACCUUUAAAUUUGUUUUUCAUAGAAAAAGACACCGGAAAUUUGUAUUGUACCCGGCCUGUGGAUCGUGAAGAAUAUGAUAUUUUUGAUUUGAUUGCCUAUGCCUCGACUGCGGAUGGGUAUUCAGCAGACUUACCUCUUCCACUGCCCAUCAGAGUGGAGGAUGAAAAUGACAACCACCCUAUUUUCACAGAAGCUGUUUAUAAUUUUGAAGUUCCAGAAAGUAGCAGAGUUGGUACUACGGUGGGAGUGGUUUGUGCCACAGACAGAGAUGAACCAGACACCAUGCAUACACGCCUGAAGUAUAGCAUUUUGGAGCAGAGCCCGAGGUCCCCAGGGAUCUUCGCUGUGCAUCCCAGCACAGGUGUCAUCACCAUAACCUCGCAUUAUCUGGACCGAGAGACUGUAGAAAAGUACUCACUGAUAAUGAAAGUACAAGACAUGGAUGGUCAGUUUUUUGGACUGAUGAGUACAUCAACUUGUAUGAUCACAGUAAAAGAUUCAAAUGACAAUGCACCGACUUUCAAACAAAAUACCUACGAAGCAUCAGUAGAGGAAAAUGCUUACAAUGUGGAGAUAUUGAGAAUACCAGUAGAAGAUAAGGACUUAAUUAACACUGCCAAUUGGAGAGCCAAUUUUACCAUUUUGAAGGGCAAUGAAAAUGGACAUUUCAAAAUCAGCACAGACAAAGAAACUAACGAAGGCGUUUUGUAUGUUGUAAAGCCACUGAAUUAUGAAGAAAGCCACCAAGUGAUCCUGGAAAUUGGAGUAAACAAUGAAGCUCCGUUUACUAGAGAUGUUGCACUCAGAAUGGCAACCAUGAACCGAGCCCUUGUCACAGUUCACGUGAGGGAUCAGGAUGAGGGGCCUGAAUGCAGCCCUGCAGCCCAAUAUGUACGGAUUAAAGAGAACUCAGCAGUGGGGUCAAAGGUCAAUGGCUAUAAGGCGUAUGACCCUGAAACUAACAGUGGUAGCCCCUUAAGGUACAAAAAAUUGCAUGAUCCUAAAGGAUGGAUCACCGUUGAUGAGAUUUCAGGGUCAAUCAUGACCUCCAAAAUCCUGGACCGGGAGGCCAUGACUCCCGGAAAUGACGUGUAUAACAUUACAGUUCUGGCAAUAGACCAAGAUGGUAGAUCAUGUACUGGAACACUCGCAGUUAACAUUGAAGAUAUGAAUGAUAACCCACCAGAAAUACUUCAGAGUUACGUAACAGUUUGCAAACCAAAGAUGAAGUACACCGACAUUUCGGCUGUCGAUCCUGACGAACCUAUCCACGGUGCUCCAUUUUAUUUCAGCUUGGCGAACACUUCUCCAGAAACGAACAGAAUGUGGACCCUCACCAGAGUUAAUGAUACAGCUGCCCGUCUUUCGUAUCAGAAAAAUGCUGAAUUUCAGGAAUAUAGUGUUCCUAUUACUGUAAAAGACAGAGAAGGUCAAUCUACAACAAAAACUGUGAGAGUUAAUCUGUGUGAUUGUACUCAUCCAAGCCAAUGCCUGGCCGCUCGCAGGAGUGCAGAAGUCAUACUCGGAAAAUGGGCGAUCCUGGCGAUCCUGCUGGGUAUAGCAUUAUUAUUUUCUGUAUUGCUAACUUUGGUAUGUGGAGUUGUUGGUGCAAAAAAAAAAAAAGGUUUUCCUGAAGAUUUAGCACAGCAAAACUUGAUUAUAUCAAACACAGAAGCACCUGGAGAUGAUAAGGUGUGUUCUGGCAAUGGCUUUAUGACCCAGACAGUCAACAGCUCCGGCCAAGGCUUUUGUGGUACCAUGGGAUCAGGAGUGAAAAACGGAGGCCAGGAGACCAUUGAAAUGGUGAAAGGUGGACACCAGACCCUGGAUUCGUGCCGGGGAACUGGGCACCAUCACACCCUGGAUUCCUGCCGGGGAGGACCGGUAGAGGUGGAUAACUGCCGAUAUACCUACACCGAGUGGCAUAAUUUCACUCAGCCCCGUCUUGGUGAAAAAUUGCAUCUGUGUAACCAGAAUGAAGAUCACGUGCCAUCUCAAGAUUACGUCCUUACAUACAACUACGAAGGAAGAGGAUCUCCAGCUGGUUCUGUAGGUUGCUGCAGUGAAAAACAGGAAGAAGAUGGCCUUGACUUUUUAAAUAAUUUGGGAGCCAAAUUUACUACAUUAGCAGAGACGUGCACAAAGGGAUAAUGUUAAAGUGUUACAAUUAGACAUGUAUUUGCCAGAUAUCCUGGAGGUUUCCAAAAGGAAAGAGAUAUUGUAAUGUUCAAUUUCAAUUUCUAAUACAUAUAUGGAUAUAGAUUAGACUUUUAAUUUCUAAUAUAUAUAAAGCUAGAAAUAUAUAGAUAUCUUUAAUAUAUCUAUACAUUAGAAAAACUAUAUAAUUUUUCUAAAUUUUGAAUUGUACUAUUUAUCAAUUUGUAUUUUUAUAGCAAUUUGUUGCUUCUGUUUUCCAAGGAGUUUGAAAUGUUAAAGUGCAUUUUGUCUUCUUUACUGCCAGGUAAAGAGACAGCUAGAAAAUCUUAUAUGGUAUCAUUGGAAUUAAGGUCUAUAAAGAACCUGCAGUGAAUGUGUUGAGUUAGUAUUAGUCCAAUGAUAGCUAAGCAGUACUUGAUUGGAUAUAGAAUAGCUAUUUGGACUAGAAAUUCUGUUCUUGUUCCAGAUAUAAAUUUAAGUGGAAUAGGAUUAUAUCAAACAUUGUGUUAAAUUAUAUUGCAUUUUUUAGUUCUUCAAAAAAUCAGUACCACUGAGCUGGUAGCUCCAAAGACUACUAGAAUUUCAUUUUCCUUCUAGUUAGCAUUUAGAUCACGAAGAGCAGUUCUAUCCACUUGAUUGCCCUAAUAAGCUCUUAAAAAAUACAUAGCUAUGGUGUUAAAGUACACCAGGGAAGUGUAGACCAAAAAAUUGUGUAGUUUUUAUGCUUUUGAAUGUGUGCUUUAUGGUUUGCAAAAGGAUUAUUAUGAGGAAUAUAUCUGAGUUUCCUUAUUUUCAAGAAAUAACUAUAUUCACUAUACAGAGAAUUAUUGUCGGCAUUUUAAUGAAAAAUGCCAAAGAUCUAUUGAGAUUGUAAUCACAGGUCUUGACAUCUUCUUCCCUGAGAUUCAGGACUACUAUUGAUAACUUGUAGUAAUGAAAAUUAUGCUGAGGAAAGAGUUACUUUUCUUGUUUUUAAUAUUGUACUUGCAUAUUUUUAUUUGCAGGUUUAGCACAUAUUGAAUUUUAUUUUCUCUCAAUAGCAAUUAUUUGCAAUUACAAUAUGUUAUCCUUAGGUGGAUUGUGUCAUGCCCCAUAUUCUGAAGAAACAGACCCCAUCAGAGUUCAGAGAUGAGUGCAUUUCUAUUCACUACCAUUUUCACACAAAUUCCUCCUUAUUAAUGUAGAUAAAUAUUUUAAAAUACUGUAAAGAAUCAAAAGAACCCCUUGGUGCAAUUUAAUAUCUUCCAUAAUGUUGCUUAAAGUAUAAUGGGUCUCAAAUUUGUUCAGCGAUAUGGUCCUUGGAAGAACUUGCAAAAUAUCCCAAAGCAAUAAUUAAUACCUAAUUUUAUGAUGAAUCUAAUAUCACAUUAUUAUAUACUCACUUCAAGUGUUAGCUUAAAAAUAGACAAGAAAUAUGAAGUAUCACCAGUUGAAGAAAAUUUUGGAAAAUAAGACAAAAUUACUUAAAAAUUUUGCAGCUUUUUGGGACUUACCCCUCCACCACGCCCCCGAAACUCUUUAUUUGACUUUGAGUCAGAAUUUGUGACCUACCCCAUGUAGUGGCAAAGUUCAGUAUGAAUAUAGGCUUACCUGACUUUCUCUUUCUCUAUACAGAGAGAGAGGGAGAAGAGACAGACAGUGGUAUCUCCCACUUUUCAAAAUUUUGUGUUUCACGAAAGACCUGCAUUAAUACCUGUUUUUGAUAACUUAAAGAUGUCUGAAGAAAAUUUUUGCUUAUGUGAAAAAAAGAUAAAAAGUGAAAAUAGCAUUUACCAGUUGUCCUGCAGUGAGCCCUUACAGAGGCAACACUUCCCCCCCACCCAGGGCAGCGGGACCCCACCAACCCCUACCUUCCCAACUGUCCUCUGCUUCUCCACAUCCAGCUGACAGAGCUCUGAAUUGGUGCCUGUGAGGAUCUAUGUUUUAUUUCCAUUUAUUUUGUGUAUCCCUCAGUAAGAUAUGUCUUAAGGUACCAGAAAAGCCAAAGGGAAGUUAAUUUUGGGGUCUGGAAACACACAGAAAUUUUCCAUGUAAAUGAAUGGUAAUUGCUUCUUUGCUUCAUGCCAUUUCAGCUUCCAGAAAUUUUCAUAGGAAUGCUAUAAGGGUAAACACACACACACACACACACACACACACACACAAUGUAAAUAUAUACUUAUAUAAAACUAUUACUCAAUGCCAUGUAUAAAAUAAAAUGAAAACCAAAGGGGAAGAUGGUAACAUAAGGUUGGGUAUGUCCAAAAUGGGAGUCCAGGGUUUUAGAAAGAGAGAGCCUCUCAUACUUAGGUCUUCUGUGCUGCAGAGCUGUGCACAUCAGGAAAUAGUUCAUGUACAUUCAUGUAAUUUUUUAAAAACUGUAGACAGCUAAUUAAACAUCGCUGGUUUCAGUGGAAAGGAGAGAGGAAACUAGGUGGAACAGUAGCUUUGCUUCGCAGAUUGACUCUGCAAGCACAAAUUAGGAGCAAACUGUAAAGGCUGUUACAGCUAGGGCUGCCUGACUCCCGGUGGCAGGGUUCCAGAGAUGAAAUGCUUUUCUUGGAGCUAAUACUGAAAUCUUCUUAAAACCCAAUUCUGGUAAAAGGAUUCUAUCACCAUUUUCUUUUUCUCUCCUAUCUACUGACAUUUUAAAAAUUUAGAGCUGGAUAACCAUAUUCUGUUGGACAGAUUUGAGGGGAUAAAAGAAGCUGGCAUGGGAGCACAAAUCUUACUGAAGGGACUGAGUGGAAGCAUGACCAUCCUAAGGCCCAUCGUCACGUGCUGUGUUCUAAUUUGAGCCUGGAAAUGAUAAAAUACCACUUCCCCAUUCACUGCCUGGUUUCCACUGGCAUUGGUGUGAUUCAAAGAAAUCCAGCUCUCUUAUCAGUCCCCUUUAAUCUCUCUCCCAAUAUUGUCGAUAACACUUAGGUGGCCAAAUGCUCCAGGCUGUCAAUCACCUUUUAAUAUGAACUAGUUUUUAUGCGAUUGCCUUCUUACAGGGAUUUUUUCAUGUAACAGAAGAAAUAGAAAUUUUGAAUACAGUAAAGAAAAAGACCGAGAAGUCAUUUGGAAAUACGGGGGACUUAGGGAGAAUGCAGGCCCAAGUAGGGUAUUUGGACAGUUAGCAACAUGAAAAUCCAGGCCUUCAAGGGCAAGGAGAGAAGCCAACAAAGGGACAGGAGUGGUAGUAAAUAUUAUUUGCUACUUAAAUUUUCCUAGGCCAGGCCCUCCUUUUUUCUUCUUUUCAGGCCAGUGGAGGCUCCCAUUUGAUUUGGGUGAACUAUCACCUCCCCUUUCUUCCUGCCUCACCUUAUUUAGAGUGUGGAAUCGAGGGAAGAGCUGACUGCAUGGUGUGUCCACAGGCAUUUACAGGAUGGGCCUGAACUGGCUGUGUGGAACAAACACGGCAUUCAUGGGGAAUGCUUGCUCCCUUACGGAGCCCUCCGGGCAUUGAGAUAGAAGGUUCAAUUAGGUGUGUGUCUGCAUUAUUUACUUGGUGCCACAUUUCCCAUUUUCUAAUUUUUCUCUGAAAUGUAGAUUUUGAGACUUAGGCCUUUCAAAGGGUACUUUUCCUUUUAAAGUCUUCUUAUGUUUAAUGUAAACAUUUAUAACGUGGUAUUCAUCUUUCCUUAUAUGUAUGAGGGGGAAAUUAUGCUAUUUCAAUGUGAAAAUUGCUCUCAUUUUUUUCCAGUAAAUAUUCUUGAAUUUUUAAUGUAAAUGUACAGAUUGUUUUUUCAUAUUUUUAUAAGGAAGCAGUGAACUCUCUAAAAUGCAGUGAGGUUGGGGUUGCAGCAUUUUUAACAAAACUUUAAGUCUGCUAUUAAAAGAAGUUACUUCGCUUUUAAAGAAACAAGGCAGGUUAAAAUAAGCAACAAUUGGAUGUGUAAAGUAAUAGUUGCAGAUACAGGUUGUAAUAAAACUGUUAACUUGU